AAUGAAAGCGCUCGCUCCGUCCAUGCCAGCAUAGAGAGCUUCCUCUCACCCCUCUCAUUCCACUCACCCCUCUCACUCAGCUCACUCCUCUCACUCAGCUCACUCAGCUCGCCCGGGAUCGGCGGCGGCAGGGCUGGUGGCAGCAGCGGCGAAUUCAUCUCAGCAGCCUCGGGACCAUGGCCUCUCACGCGGGAACUGCGGGCUUCUGCCGCGAGAUGUGGUCCGGAUUCUUUGACUACGAGACGCCCAAGACCAUGGUGGUGAAGAGUCGCAAGCUGGGGAUCGUCUACCGCGGGGCGCAGGCUCUCAUCCUCACCUACUUCGUCGGCUGGGUGUUUCUGACCGAGAAGGCCUACCAGACGGCCGAGGGGGUCAAGGAGGUCUCCGUCAUCUCAAAGGUCAAGGGGGUCACUGCGACCAACGGUAGCGACCUGAGGGCGCGCGUGUGGGACGUGGCCGAGUACGUGAUGCCCCCACAGGGCACGGACAGUUUUGUGAUCAUCACCAACGUCCUCGAGACGCCCAUGCAGUCGCUCGGAGUGUGUGCCGAGGACCUCGACACUCCCACGGCUCCGUGUUCCAACGACACAGGCUGCCUACCAGGGGAACGAGACCAACUCUACAAUGGAGUGAAGACGGGCCGCUGCUCGCACGACAGGAAGCCGCGCACGUGCGAGGUGUUCGCCUGGUGCCCCGUGGAGUCCGAGGGACGCCACGCCAAGUACACCCUCCUGGCUGAGGCCGAGAACUUCACCAUCUUCAUCAAGAACAACAUUCGCUUCCCCAAGUUCAACUUCUCCAAGGGCAACCUGCCACAAAACAUGCCCAAGACCUACCUCCAGUCGUGCAAGCACGACGCGCGGCGCAACAACUACUGCCCCAUCUUCCGCCUGGGUGACAUGUUGAAGAGGGCUGGCCUCACCUACCAGAAUUUCUCAAAAAAGGGCGGGGUGCUGGGAGUUCUAAUCAGCUGGACGUGCGACCUGGAUCGCGGCGCGGACUCCUGCAACCCCGUGUACUCAUUCAGACGCCUCGACAAUGGGGCGGGCUACAACUUCAGGUACGCGCGCUACCACGUGCUCCCCGGCGGCGUUGAGGCGCGCACGCUCGUCAAGGCGUACGGCAUCCGCGUGGACAUCGUCGUCUCCGGAGAGGCGCGCAAAUUCUACAUCAUCCCCACCAUCAUCAACCUCGCCGCCGCUCUGACCUCUGUCGGGGUGGCCUCGGUGAUCUGUGAUUGGCUGCUGCUGAACACCAUGAGGAGACGCAACAUCUACCGCAAGAGCAAGUUCGAGGAGGUGAACGAGGGCACGGCGCUCAGGGCCGACCUCUCGUCGCUUCCGUCGCGGGAGCUCGCUGGCGGAAAAGCGGACGCGCUCUCCAACGGAUUCUCCACGGACGACUCAAUGCUGUGAGGAGGGCCGCACCAGCCUCCGGAACG